CAGUUCUGAAAGCCACCUUUAUUCACUUUCACCUUCUCAGAUACGGCACAGAAAGUUGAACAAGAUCCGAAAGAUAGUGAUUAUUGGCGUGCACAGCUUCUUACCCACCAAAUUUGUCAAGUCUAUGAUUGGACAAACCACAGGGAACUCCAUCAGAGUGGUGGAUGCCGCUACAAAAGCCGUGGAAGCUUGGGUACGAAGCGACACUGAACCAGGAUUUGAAAGCAUGUACCACAUAGAAACAAUUGCAUUGGAAGGUCAAGGGACCGUGUCUGAGAGAGUAGAACGUUCUGCAGCUUUACUUAACAAUUGGGCAGACCUUAUUCAUGAGUGUGAUUUCCUAUACGUGGUGGGCCACUCACAUGGUGCCAUUGUAGCCAUUGAACUAUUAGCAUAUCUCCUUCGUUCUGAGUCUCCAAUCUCGAUAUCUGGCAGCAAAGUGGGCCUUUUAAGCAUGGCUGGCCCUAUAAACGGACCCAUUUCCCAAUUGGAAACUAAAAUCGUCGUACGAGCAUAUACCCAACGGGAGAACGAAGUUUUAAGCGAGCUCGUCCAACUUCUGAAACCAGAAUCUGCUGAACUGGAAAGACUUCAGCAGGCCCUCAAUACCCUCGUCACUCAUAAUGUCAAGGUGACACUAGCAGCAUCUACCACAGACCAGCUUGUUCCUAUUGACUCGGCGUUGGCUACUACUUGGUAUCAUCCCAAUAUCUACAGGUGUGUGUACAUAGAUGAUGGGCCAAUUUCCAUACCUCCAUUUGUGGCAUCACUAUGGAAUCUUGUCCUUGUUGCCCGUAAUAUCGGGCAUCUUGAACAUGGCAUAGCAAAAGAUCUCUCAGAACGGUGUGUUGGACGUCCUCCAGGAGGAGGGCAUAAUCGGAUUGUUUCUCAAGCAGGAGUACAUGAAACGGCUCUCCGGUUUGCAUUAGAAACCACGAACUUGAGUCGCCAACGAGACCUUAUGGUCAUUCCAUCAGCCUACGAUGGGCAGACGUCUCUCUACAAGCUUCCAUGGACAGUACGAGAACUAGUUCAUGAUGUCCUCCAGACAAAGCAUAUCACGGCGUUUAAGUUGGUGGAGGAACUUGUUUCGAGUUUCCAGACUUGGGAAGAUGUUGGGAAGCAAUGGAAAGACUUCAAGUUCGCCUUGGAAGCCAUUGACAAUGCUGACGGUGAGGAACUCUUGACAUAGGAGAACUCUUACCCAGGACCAUUGGAUCUGGUACCAUUGUAGCAUAUAUACCCUAAUAAUAUUUAUUGAAUAGUCACCUAACUCUUGUAGGAACCAAAUGGCUGCAAAAUGCCUAGAGCUCCUAGUCCAUGUCUGUUCAUGAACACUUUUUUCAUAUCCAAAUCCCCAGAUGAAUGGUCAUUUUUACCACUCCUAAUUCCCCAAUUAGCUCCCCCUUUACCUCAUUCUUUAAAAGUAGGUGUAGAUACAUAUAUGACGGGGAAGCGAACUCGAGCAUCAGGAGAGGUGUUGGACUACUUACUCCAUGAGUUCGAGCUAAAUCACAAUCCAUCACCCGAUCAACGAAGGGAGAUAAGCGAUAAAACCAACAUGAGCGAAAAGGCUGUUCGGAUCUGGUUUCAAAACCGUAGGGCCAAACUCAGGAAGUCUGAGCGCAAAGGCCGGUCCGCUCACUCCGGCAGUAUUGAUCUGUCCCGUUCCAACAGUGUGGGAACUGCGGAGCGCAAGCAGUAUUCGCGGUUCAGCAUCAACGAAAAGUACUGUUUUAUCGAUUGUACGUCACUCUCGGUGGGAUCGUGGCAACGUGUGCGGUCCGGGUACUACAACGAGCAGCUUCUUAAGGAAGGUCUCUUCAAUUUGUCUCCAUUUACGUUGAACAAAGUGAUGCUAGAUUUUGACUUGUUGGUGAUAGUGUCCAAGAAAAACUCGGAGAUCAACUAUUUCUUCAGCUCGAUGUCUGACACGUCCCGGAUCUUAUUUCGCAUCUUCUAUCCCAUUGCAAACAUUCUCAGCUGCUCGUUACUAGAUAAUAAUAUCGAAAAAGAGUGCAAUGAACUACGGGUGACACUUUCUCAUCGACCCAAGUUCUCUGUUAACUUCUACAACGGGGUCAAUCUGAGCUCCAAUCAGUGGUCGAUCUGUGAUGACUUCAGCGAGGGCCAGCAGGUGAGCUCUGCCCAUCGAGACGGUGGAUCCUAUAUUCCCCACGUUUUGGUGGGGACCAAGGAUUCCAUAUGCUUUUUGAACGACUUUAUCCUCGAGCAAAACCAGCAACACCAAGGAAACUAUAUGAUGAACGACACAAAUUCUUCUACUGGGUUGGAGGGAGGAAUAGAAGGGGGGUACGAAGAUGAAGAUCGGGUGAACUCACAGGACCAAUCCAAGAGCAACAGUGAUAACGACAAUAUGAACGACAUGAAUGAUAUGAACGGCAUAAACGACGAGUUCCAAUUUUCAAACACCCAUUUGGGGCCCAUUUGGAACGAAACCAACGAACUUAAGGCCAACGGGCUCUCGCCAUUAGGGCAGUUUGAUGGUCAUCCUGUCCCCGAGAGGAAGCCGGAUCUUCAUGCCAACUUCCAUCACAACGAAAUCUUCUCGGCCAACACGCCGGACUUUGUAACUGCAUCCCAAACCCCCAAUAUCAUUCUGUCAUUGUCUGGAACCACUCCUUUGGAAGGGGAUCGAGAUAUGGAACAAGAUACAGCCCCAGAACCCAACCGAAUCAACACCUCGCCUUUCCAAAACAUCAAUAACCAAGAAACGUUCGAUGCAAUGCCGACCGAUGAAACGUUUGACUUCCCUUUGGUUAACGAGUACGAAGUCCUGGAACAUUCAAACAUCGACUCGCCGGUGGACACCAACAUCGAAAGGUUCAUAGACUAUAACAACUACAGCUGAUAGUCUCUUUGAUAUAACGUAGCUUAGAUCAGUAGUUUGUUACAGUAAACAAACAAUGCAUUUCUCAUCA